AUGGUUAUGGACCCGAAUCCGUCACGAUCGAUAUCGUCACUAGCAUCAAGAUUGUCACUAUCAUCAAUAUCGUCACUAUCAUCAAUAUCGAUCUCAUCNUUUGAUGAGAUAGGUGAAAGGGUUGAAAAAGGUGAGAUUACUCCUGAAGAAGGCUAUGCAUUGUUCAAGGAGUUUGAGGAUGGGGUGGUCGUGGAGCGCGCAAAACUGAUGGAGAAGGAUGCUCCACAGUUUGAUGAGAAUAUGUUGCCAGAUAAGAACAAGAAUUUGGAUGACCCGCCAGGUGAAGGGCCGGUUGUUAGAUGGCAAACAAGGGUGGUCUUUGCUCCUGGUGGUGAUGCAUGGCAUCCAAAAAACAGGAAAGUCAAAUUGGCUGUUACGGUGAAAGAGUUGGGUCUGUCAAAGCAUCAAUUUGGUCGCUUAAGAGAGUUGGUUGGAAACCGCUACCAUCCUGGGAGAGACGAGCUUACAAUAACUAGUGAAAGAGUUGAACAUCGCGAGGAGAAUAGGAAGGACUGCCUGAGGACUCUAUUUGGUCUCAUUGCAGAGGCUGGAAAUGCUAACAAAAUGGUAGAGGAUGUUACUUCUUGUUGUUUUUCCUGUAUAGUACUUCUUAUCUGUCAUGUGAGAGAAAUCCUCCCCCUCCAUGGUGGAACAAGCAUUAGGAUAUCAUGGAGGAAGCACUUACAUGGUGGAAUGAACACUUGCUUGGUGGGAGGAGCACUUGGCCAUGGUGGGAG